AUGGCUACAACACACGUUAUAGGUUCAUCAAAUCCAGGGGCUCAUCUGACUUCUUCAGGUAGUCAUUCUUCAAGUUCAAGUAACAUUGUAGGUGUACAUUAUAGAGUAGGAAAGAAAAUUGGUGAAGGUUCUUUUGGUGUGAUCUUUGAAGGUACAAACUUGUUAAAUUCUCAAACUGUCGCUAUAAAAUUCGAACCACGAAAAUCUGAUGCACCUCAACUUCGUGAUGAAUAUAGAAGUUAUAAAAUCUUAAGUGGAUGUUUGGGUAUUCCUCAAGUUUAUUAUUUCGGUCAAGAAGGAUUACACAAUAUAUUGGUUAUCGAUUUACUCGGUCCUUCAUUAGAAGAUUUAUUUGAUAUGUGUGGAAGAAAAUUCUCAGUCAAAACUUGUUGUAUGACCGCUAAGCAAAUGUUAUCCCGAGUCCAAACUAUCCAUGAAAAGAACUUGAUUUACAGAGAUAUCAAACCUGAUAAUUUCUUGAUUGGUCGUCCAGCUACAAAAGGAGCCAAUACCAUUCAUGUGGUAGAUUUCGGUAUGGCGAAACAAUAUAGAGAUCCAAAGACAAAACAGCAUAUUCCUUAUAGGGAGAGAAAGAGCUUGAGUGGAACGGCGAGAUACAUGAGUAUCAACACUCAUUUAGGUCGAGAACAAUCCCGUCGAGAUGAUUUGGAAGCUCUAGGUCACGUCUUCUUCUACUUCCUUCGAGGAGGUUUACCUUGGCAAGGUCUUAAAGCAGCUACCAACAAGCAGAAAUAUGAGAAGAUUGGAGAGAAAAAACAGACUACCCCUAUUGCCGAAUUAGUAGAAGGUUAUCCCAACGAAUUCUCGAUAUACCUCAACUACGUUCGAAAAUUGACUUUUGAUGAGACGCCUGAUUAUGAUUUCCUCAGAGGAUUAUUCGAUUUGGCUUUGCAAAAUAUAGGAGAUCAAGAUGAUGGUACUUAUGAUUGGAUGUUAUUGAAUGGAGGUAAAGGAUGGGAAAUGAACGGACGACAAAGUGCUGCUCAAGCUGAAGUAUCGAGACACAAUACACGAACAAGAGACAGAGAAUACAAGGAUCGUGUAGAUAAGUUGAGAAACGGAUCAGCGGCAGGAGGACAACCAUCACCUCUGAAACAAAGGAAAUCUGCAGCUGGAUCAGGACUACCCAAUGCAUCCAAUCAAGCUAUCGUUGGAGUUUCAGCACCGUCACCUUUACCUCAAUCGAGAAGACAAUCUCAACAAGCUCAUCCAUUCGCAUCUGCAAAUGCCCUUAAUCCAGAUCGAACUGAUUCCUAUGACCCUUCGAAUGUCGCCAUACCUUCUCAAGCUGGAUUGCAGGCAAUCUCACCCAUGGCCGUCAAUGGUCGUCCAGGAAACACAGCUGCAAAUAGUCAACAAGUCGGUGAAACAGAUUAUAAUAGACAGGAUAAAGGUGGAAAUGGUUUCAUCAAGCUAUUGACUUGCGGUUGUUUCCGAUAG